AUGGCAGACUCAGACUCUCACCCGGCAUACCUGUCGCCUAGCGAACUGGGCACAAAAGACUACUGGGAAAACUACUACGCCCGCACGCUAGCGCACAUCUCGCACGAAAAGCCCUCCGCAGAAGCCCCCGCCGAAGCAGAAGCCUCAGACUCCGAUCUAAACGACGAAGACGACCCAGGCACAUCAUGGUUCAGCGAGCACAACGCCCCGCAGAAGGUUCUGAAAUUCCUAACGCAGAAAUCCUUUCCCUGUGCGCCGCGCAACACCGCCAGCGCCAGCGUUCUCGAUCUCGGCACCGGGAACGGGAGCAUGCUUGCGUUGCUGCAGAAGAGGGGCGGGUUCCGGGGGAGGCUAGUUGGCGUUGAUUACUCAAGGCAGAGUGUUGAGUUGGCGAGGGAGUUGCAGCGGGGACGGGGCCAUUCGGCUUAUCGGAGUGAUUCUGAAGAUGAAGAUGAAGAUGAGGAUGAGGAGGAUGGCGCGGAGCCAGCAGUCCCGGAGUCAAAGGCGGAGGCAGACUCAGAAGUGGCGCCCAUUCAAUUCGAGGAAUGGGAUAUCCUUGGGUCGGAGGCACCGCUCUCUGAAACUGGGCUCGCGAGCUCACCCGCCCAUGCCCUCCCCUGGUUCCCGUACGACGAUGGUGGCUUUGAUGUCGUUCUUGAUAAGGGGACUUUUGAUGCUGUUUCGUUGGCUGGGGAUGCGAAAAAUGCGCGUGUUUGUGAGCGGUAUCCUGAUAUUGCGAGGCGGCUGGUCAAGCGCGGUGGGUUCUUGGUUGUUACCACUUGCAAUUGGACUGAGGAGGAGCUUGUGCGGUGGUUUACUGGGGAUCGGGGGAGUGGGGAUCGGCUGGUUGUUUGGGGGCGUGUUGAGUACCCUGUUUUUAGAUUCGGGGGCAUCAGGGACAGGGCGUGUGUACGGUUUGUUUCCAGAGGGUCGGGGAUGAAUAAAGUGUAG